AUGUUCAAUAGAAAAGUAACACUUUAUAAUAAACCCAACAAUGGUAAAAAAAACAAUACAAGUAAAAUAUUUUUAAUGGUUAUUGUUAUUGCCAUCUUAGUUAUUGUAUUUGUUCAAAGUGCCAGUAUUUCAUCCUAUAGCGGUUCAAUAAACACCGAUUCUGUCAGUAAAGCAAUAGAACAACAAAUCGUUGAAAAACAACAACAACACGAAAAAAAAGUCGAUAAUCAACAACAAAUCAUUGAUCAACAAGUUGAAAAACAACAACAAGCUGAAAAACAACAGCAACAACAACAACAUUUAAAAAAAGAGGAGGACCAAGUAAAACCAGAGCAAACAGUUAGAGUUCCACCAAGCUAUAAACAAAAGGAAAAACCAAGAAUAGAUAUUGAGAUUGAUAUAUUAACCAAAAAAGAAAGAGAACAUCUUCAAAGAGUUGUAAUUCAAGAGUGGAAAGAUGAAGUUGAAAUCUUAAAGAAUUUAGAUAUUGACCCAGGUUAUGCAUCAAUCCCAAAAAUCCCAGAGGACUAUACACCACCAACUGGCGAAGAGUUGGAACGUAAAAUUAAAGAUCAAACUUGGAAAUUAAAAAAAGAAGAAAACCCAUUCCUCUUACCAAAACCACAUAUUUUUAUUCAUGUACCAAAAACAGCUGGAAGUUCAUUAGCAGGUAUUUUUAGAAGAAAUGAAAAGCGUGAUUCAUUCGCUCACCAUUGGAUGCACCCAAACUAUAGAGAAUUGGAAAAUGUAGUUAAGAAAGAUACUGUUUUCGGUCAUAUCAGAUAUGGUCUUCAUAAUUAUUAUGAACGUGUAUAUCCAGAUCGUUUACCAGCCAACGAAUAUGGUUUAAACAAGUAUUCAUACAUCACAAUGCUCAGAGAACCAGUCGAUAGAGUAAUUUCAAACUAUUACUACCAUAGACAAAAUAGAAAAGAUCCAUUCCACGAUCUCGCAAUGAAAUACGAACUUAGGGAUUGGAUUAAGGUUAGCGCCGCUGCCAAUAAUGAACAAGCUAGAAUGAUUUGUGGUUUAGGUUGGAGCGAUUUUGGAAACGAAACCAUAUCGCAAAUAGCUCAUCAUCACUUAAAGUAUACUUUUAAACAUGUUGGUAUUACAGAGGAUUUCGUUGGUUCAUUAGUUUUAUUAUCACAUUAUUCAGGUCUUCAAAAUAUUAGAUUCUCAAAAAUCAAUACAGGUAGACAAAGAGUUUCAGUUGAUACCAUUCCAGAUGAUGUUAUUGAAGAAAUUAAAGAAAGAAACUGGAUCGAUAUUUCAUUAUACGAAAUGGCUAAAGAUAUUUAUAAUAAACAAAUUGAUUUAAUUGGAAGAGAAUUCUUUGAAAAAGAAGUACAAGAAUACAAAGGAAAAUUCAUGAACAAAUAUUCUUUACCAUCAAAUGGAAUAAGAAGUUAA